AUGGCGUCCUCAGACCUGAGAGCGGAGCUGGAUUGUCCCGUCUGCCUGAACAUUUAUACGGAUCCUAUCAUGUUGAGAUGCGGACACAACUUCUGCCGGGUCUGCAUUGACCGUGCGUUGGAUACCCAGGAGGGGUCUGGAUGUUAUUCCUGUCCUCAGUGCAGGAGGAAGUUCCGGGAGAGACCUCCACUGCAAAGAAAUAUCACUCUGCGGAACAUCACUCAACAUUUUCUCUCUGCUCCACCACCAGAUCCAGAGCCCAGCAUCUCCUGCACUUACUGCAUUAAUUUCUCCGUACCCGCCGUGAAGUCCUGCCUGCAUUGUGAAGCUUCUCUAUGUGUUGACCAUCUGAAUGUCCACAGCAAGUCACCAGAACACGUGUUACGUGUCCCCACCAGCACCCCGGGGAACAGGAAGUGCCCCGUCCAUAAGAAGACCCUGGAGUAUUACUGCACCGAGGACUCUGCCUUUAUCUGUGUCUCCUGCAUUAUAACUGGAAAACAUCGGGGACACCAGUUGGAGACAUUGGAAGAGGCCUUCAUAGAGAAGAAGGAGAAACUGAUAAAUAAUCUGGAGAAACUGAUUGCUAAGAGAGGGAGGACAGAAGACAGAGUCCGGAUUCUGCAGGAACACAAGGCAAGAGUACAAGGCAAAGUGGAUGGGAUAAGCCAGAGAUUCAUUUUCCUGUUCAGGAGACAUCUCAAGAGGCUUCUGGAGGACCUGGAGAAGGAAGUCCUGAGCGACCUCUACAGGCAGGCAGAUCUGAUCUUCAACCCUGUCAAUGAUCGGAUCCAGCAGUUGGAAGUGAGGAUGGAAGAAGUCUCCAGGAAGAUUGAUCACUUAGAGGAGCUGUGUACCAUGAGCGAUCCCUUGACCGUCCUUCAGGAACCAGAUUUAGGUGACUUGUUUGAUAUGGAGGAUGGAGAUGAUGAUGAGGAGGACAGAGAGAGACGUGAUAACCUCCUCAUUGAUGGAGGGGAUCUGGUUGGGGUCUCACGUAUGGUCAGCACAGGGUUAUCAGAUAUAGUAACUAGUAUCAUUUUGGGGAUCUAUAUACAGGAAGCUGUAGACAUAUUAUUGGACAAGGACACGGCUCAUAACGGUGUAUGUAUCUUGCAUGAUAAGAAGACCGCAACCAGGUCCGCUACACCCCAUGUUCGCCCAGAUACUGAGGGGAGGUUUAUGAAAUAUCACCAGGUUUUAGGUAGUCAGAGUUUCUCCUCAGGGAGACAAUUCUGGGAAGUGGAUGUCCAUGGAUCCAGUAGGUGGAGAAUCGGGGUGUGUUAUGCCAGCAUAGCCAGGGACGGGGAUAACUCCUUGGUUGGAUGUAAUGACGUGUCCUGGGGUUUGUACAGGAGGGGUGAAGAUUAUGUGGCCAUACAUGACACGGAUGAGAUCGAACUCCCCGACAAUACCCUCGGUAACAAAGUCCGGGUAUAUCUGGACUAUGAGGCCGGACAGAUCUCCUUCUAUACCUGUGCCCCCCUCCGCCACCUCCACACCUUCACCGCCACCUUCACCGAGCCCCUCUAUCCCGUGUUGUGUGUAGAAGAGGGUUCUGUAAAGAUGUGAGGGGUACUAGAUGAGCGGAAAUCUGCCUAGCGAUUGGUGACCUCAUAGGG